CCUUUGGGAUCUCUCGCCAGAGGCCCCGGGAGUCCCAGUCUCCCAGCGCACUGUAAUUGGCGGAGCGGAGGGCGCGCCGGCACGUGCCUGCCUCCCUCCUGCGCCCCGGGGCUGCUUCCUCGGGGCCGCAGCGCAGGCUCUCUCUCGGGGAGGGGAGGGCGAGGACACCGAGGAGGAGGAGGAGGAAGGAAAUCGUCGCAGUCCGAGACUCUCUCCUCCGCCUCCUUCGCUCGGGGCCGGUGGCCACGGGCAGCGCCCACCGCCCCCCGGCCGGCCCGAGGUAUGGAGAGCGCCGAGCUGGCCGUUCAGGUCGUGGGCACCUGGCUCGCGCUGGUGCUGAGCCUCAUCCUCCUGCCCUCGGCGUUCGGAGUGUCGCUGGGCAUCUCCGAGGUCUACAUGAAGAUCCUGGUGAAGACCCUGGAGUGGGCCACAUUAAGAAUUGAGAGAGGCUCUCCAAAGGAAUCUGCACUUAAAACCUCAGCUUCUGGUGGUAUUAUCCAGAGAGAUGAGUCGCCUAUGGAGAAAGGGAUAUCUGGACAUCGAGGUGGGGACUUUGAGCUGUCUGAUGUGUUCUAUUUCUCCAAGAAGGGAUUUGAAGCCAUCGUCGAAGAUGAAGUGACCCAGAGGUUCUCUUCGGAGGAGUUGGUGUCUUGGAAUCUCCUCACCAGAACAAAUGUUAACUUCCAGUAUAUCAGCCUCCGGUUAACCAUGGUGUGGGGGCUGGGAGUUAUAGUGCGUUACUGCUUCCUUCUUCCUCUUCGCAUCACUUUGGCUUUCUUUGGGAUUAGUUUGCUGGUUAUAGGAACUACUGUGGUUGGGCAGCUCCCAAACAGCAGUAUAAAGACCUGGCUGAGUGAACUGGUCCAUCUCACUUGCUGUAGGAUCUGUGUCAGAGCACUCUCUGGUACUAUUCAUUACCAUAACAAGCAGUACCGACCACAGAAGGGAGGCAUUUGUGUUGCCAACCAUACUUCCCCAAUAGAUGUUCUGAUCUUGACAACUGAUGGAUGCUAUGCCAUGGUCGGUCAGGUUCAUGGUGGGCUGAUGGGAGUCAUUCAGAGGGCCAUGGUCAAGGCUUGUCCACAUGUUUGGUUUGAACGAUCAGAAAUGAAGGACCGACAUCUGGUGACUAAAAGACUGAGAGAACACAUUGCGGAUAAGAAAAAGUUACCCAUUUUAAUCUUUCCUGAAGGAACCUGUAUAAACAACACAUCAGUCAUGAUGUUUAAAAAGGGAAGUUUUGAAAUAGGAGGAACUAUAUAUCCAGUUGCAAUAAAGUAUAACCCUCAGUUUGGUGAUGCCUUUUGGAAUAGUAGUAAGUACAGCAUGGUGAACUACUUGCUUCGAAUAAUGACCAGCUGGGCCAUCGUCUGUGAUGUGUGGUACCUGCCCCCGAUGACCAGAGAGGUCAAUGAAGAUGCAGUACAGUUUGCUAAUAGGGUCAAAUCUGCUAUUGCCGUGCAAGGAGGAUUGACCGAGCUUCCCUGGGACGGAGGUCUGAAGAGAGCCAAGGUCAAAGAUACUUUCAAGGAGGAGCAGCAGAAGAACUAUAGCAAGAUGAUAGUUGGAAACGGGUCUGCAAACACCGAAUCGGAUUGAGUACAAAAACUAAAGCAGCUGCUUUUCCGUGCCGGCGGCAGAACACAGAGAUGAAUUUUUCAUUAUAACCUCAUUCCAUUGAAUUAUAUGGUCGUUUACUGGAAUGAAAUAGAUUCCACUAUGGGAAAAUGAAAAAGGAUUAAAAUGGUACUCCUUUGAAGAAUUAAUAUUGGACUGAAGUGCUGAUGUAGUCAAUCUUGAAAAGGAUGCUUUCUAAGGUUUCUUGGAAGUCCUUGUUCAUAAUAAUUUCUGAAGGAAUAACCAGAAUUCACCUUCUGAUUAGCUUUGCUUUCCCCCUCAUCCCUGCCGUCCCCAGAAAAAAAACACAAACAAAAAUACUCGUUACCUACAGUCCCUCUGGCAUCCUGGCAAACUUGAAUGCUCUUACCCCCAAAUUUGGAGAUGGCAUGUUUGGGGGGAGGGGGUUUCCAGAAACAAGAUUUGGCUGUACAAUGCCAGGGAAGUACACAUUUUGGGAUAGAAGUAGAAACAUUAUUUGUGGACCUCCACUUGUUCAAUGACCCCAACAUGGAAAAGUCAGUUGAGUCUAAGAGUGCUUAUCAAAACAAAGCACCUUAACCAGUACUCUGUUAGCAUCUUUCUGCCUCUUAGUACUCUCAGACCUUAUUUUGUCUGCCACUGGUUUGACAUAUAGUUUGUUUUCAUAAACAAAUAAACCUUCCCAUACUAGGAUCAGGAAAAGGAAGUCACGUUGCAUAUCUUUAAUAGAAGCACGAAUGCGGAAACUUGUGGCAUGAUGCCAUUGGGGUGGGUAUAUUUUUCCUGCCCUGACAGUUAAAAAAAAAAUUAAAAUAACUUCAAAAAACUGAGCCUUAAACAAGAGUAAAAGGGAAAAUAAAUAUUUCCCAACUCACACAGCAUAAGCAAUGUUUGUUAGCAACACGAUACAGUUCUUAAACACAAUGAAAAGUAUUAUCUAUUAUUUUCUGAUGUAAAGAAUGUUAAACUAUUCAACAAAAAAUAAAUUCUAUAUUUCUAAAUGCCUCUCUUUUUUUCCCUCUCCUCUCGAACUGCCUAAUUUCUUUAAGUAGGUAGGAUUACUUUUCCUCAAUUAAAAAAAAUUACUUGUUUUGGGUUUAGGCAGAACCUUGGGACAGCCUUGGUAGAGAAUUCUUGUGUGUGUAUUCAGUGUAAAGAAGUUACACCCAUCUUCUUAGUCUGUUCAGUACAAGCAGGGACAUCUGCUGCAGACUCUUCCUUUGGCCACUUUGUAAAGGCCGUGACUGUGGUUAUUUGGAGAUGGACUUUUGAGAGCUCAUCUAUUAACCACACAGAGGCAUCACACCAUACUCCUGGGUAUGCCACCUUUUCUAGCUUGAUCUCAGAAUAAGUUUUUGGGCACCUUAUUGCAUGGAAAUUUAUUUCACCUACUUCAAGAAUCCUUCCUGUUUUUUCUUUUAUCUCGAGCUUUAGCUCUAGUUAAUCCAGAAAGCUGAUUUGUAUGAGGGAGGAGUUAAUACAAAUGGAAUUAAUUCAAUUCAACAAAUAUUAAGUACUUAUAUGGCCGUAAAUUAUUUUUCACUUAAAUUAAAAAAAAAUCAAAUAGAGAAGCUUAUACCAGAAAUCAAAGUUGUUCAGGUCCUCCUUUUGGUUUCUAAUGAAAGCAUUUAUUAAGUGAUGAUGUGCAGAGCACUGUGCUAAGUCCUGGACUGUAAGCAGAAAAGCAUUCUCUGAUCUUAAGCAGCUUACUGACUUUCUAAGAGAGGGAGACAACGCAGAUUUCAGCCUCAAGUCAGAUAGAAAGUCCCUGUGGUCUUUAGGUUGCAGGAUGGUAAAAUGUCUUAUUUACCAUCAUUUCCUUGAAUAAAGUCAAAUCUGUUGCUGAAAUUGUGUCCUUUGACAGCGCAAAGCACUUUAGUGAUGAAAACUUUGCUGGGUCUUUAGUAAGAGGCUUCUGGGACAAUUGCCAGGUCACAUCACAAGGGUUGUUUCUCCAGAAAAUGGCUGGCUAAAUGAGCCUGUCUGGAAAUACGGCUGGUGCAGGGAGAGGGUUGCAGUGUUAUUCCUGGGGCUCUAGGGCUUUAUUUGCCCACUGGUGGCCGUUGGUUUUGGUGGCAAAGGGGAUGGUGAGCCUGUUUUUCUUUUUUUUUUUUAACCACUGAGAAGCUGACAGGUUCAUUGACUGACUUUCUCUGUAGCUUUUGCUAUGCUCAGUCGGUGAUAGCUGCUUGCACCGGGUUGGAAGUAGGAAUUGGGGAGAGAGGAAGACGUGGCUCUUGGCCUGAGGGUACUGGGCUGUCUCUAUUGGGAACAAAGCAACUAUGAGGUUUCACCUCAUACCCAUCUGAUUGAGAAAGAUAACAAAAGAGGAAAAUGACAAAUGUUGGAGAGGCUGCAGGAAAACCGUCGUAGUAAUGAAGUGCUGGUGAAUCUAUGAAUUUUUCCAGUUAUUCUGGAAAGCUAUUUGGGACUAUGUCCUCCAAAUCACUAAAUUAGACAUACCCUUUGACCCAGCCAUUAUUAGGACUAUACCCAUCUCCCCAAAAAAAAGGAAAAAAAAGAAAAAGGACCUGUAUGUACAAAAAUAUUUUAUCUCUUUUCAUAGUAGCCUCAAAAUGGAAACUAAUGGAGUUCCCACCUAUCAGGGAAUGGCUAAAUAACGUGUUUUUUUUAAUAUGAUGGACUAUUAUUGCACUAUAAGACAUGGGGAAAUGGACAAUUUCAGAGGAAACUGGCAAGACAGUUGUAAAGUAAGCAUAAUUAGGGAAACAAUUUAUACAAUGACAACAACAUUCUAAAGAAAAAACAAGUUUGAAAGACUUUAGAACUGUGAUCAAUGCAAUGACAAGUCACAAUUCCAGAGGACAGAAGAGGAAGUAAAUUACCCACCUCCUACCAGAGAGGUGAUAGAUGUAAAAUGCUGAAUGAGAUGUAUUUUUUGGAUAUGGCCAAUGUGGGAAUUUAUUGUCCUUGACUAUGCACAUUUUAAAUGAGGGUUUUAUUUUUCUAUUAUAAUUGUUCAAUUGUGGGGGUUAGGGGAGGGAGAUAAUAGGAGGGAGAGAAAAUACUUGUAAAAAAUAAAAAUAAAAAUUUUUCAAUAAAAUUGAAAAUUAAGUUACUUGUAAA